AAACCCUCCAAAACCCUAUCUCGCUCACCGAUCUAUCCCUGGCCGAAAUCCUUCUUCCCCAAAUUCCCUCGCCAUGACGCUGCUCGAUUCCAUCUCCCUGGCCGCGGCGGAGGCCGAAGCCGGCGGGAAUCUCUCCUCCCCCUCGAAGUUUCCCAUCGUCCUCAACGCCGAUGACAUCUUCCCCCAGUUGAAACCCGAUUCCGAAGCCCCCGACGGCGCCUCCUUUGUCAAGCGCGUCUCCGGGUGGAAGAUCUCCGAAACCGAUGCCGAGAUCGCCGAAUUAGCCGCCGGUUUCGCCAAAACUCUCAGGCGCAAACUCAAGAAAACCGGAUCCCUCGAUCAAAGCAAGUUCUUGGGGCUCCUGAACUCGUUCCUAAGGAACAACGCCGAAAAGAUCCGCCUUUCCCUCGGUUCCGAUCCAUCAGACGCGUCUGGUCCCGACUUCACACGCGCGGCGAUCGAAAAGUUGGGGUUCUUGAUCGGCCGCGAGGUCGCCGCGUUGAUCGCGGAGGGCUGCGUUGUUCUUGAGCUGUGGGAAGUGCUUGAGAGCCUAAUUCUCCAGGGCCUCGUUGGGCAUCUCAACUCCAUAAAUCUCGUAGAGAAGCUUGUGGAGAAGAGCCAAUCGGGGUUGCUUUGUCUUUUCGUCAAGCAUGCUCCGGACCUUCGAUCCUCGGAGCUUCUCUCUGUGCUUAAAUACUUCUUAUCCCCUAAAGAGGAUUGUUAUGGCAGCAUGAUUGGGGUUCGGAAACAGUGGGAAAAACAAGGUCUUCUAGCCAUCGAGAAGGCCGUCCAGAAGGGUAUACCUAAGAAGGUAUCAAAUGUAGCUAAGGAAGCUUCAAUUCUUCUAAUGAUGGCUUAUGAUGGUUUCUCGUCAUCGGAGCUUUGUCUCCAUUAUGUGUUUGGAUCGUCAAAUUUAGAUGGGCUCAUGCUGUCUUCGGCAAUUUCGAAACUUGACGGGUCGGAGGUGCUGGGUUUGAUUCGGUACUUUGUGAAGUGGUUGGAGAAGUACCAGAGGUUCCCGGAAGCACGGCCUUGCCCCUCAGCUGGGUCGGUGUUGGGACUGAAGGCAUGUGAGAGUGUUCCUUCGAUGGAAUCAGUUCUCAGAGGAUUGGGGUUGGUUUUGGAUGAGCAUUUCUCGUAUUUGGUGUUGAAUUCGGAGUUCCAUGAUGAGAUGAGAGCGGCGGGGAAAGUUAUCAAUUCUUUGGCUUCAGAAGCUGACUCGUGUUUUCUGGUGGAUGAUAUAAUCAAGUAUUUGCAGUUAGAAGUGAGAAGGAAUGAAGAUUUGUAGGAUGAGCUCCUUCUGUGUUAGCAGAUGUCUGAGGGAUAACAUGCUGGCAACAAAUAAAAAUGUAAUUAUUUAGAGAUAACAUAAGUUACAAGGGUUACCUUGAUGAGUGGGAAGCUGAUCCAUGUCUGAAAUGCAUUCUGAUGGAGAGCAGCUGAACUGUGCCUUUUUUAGCUCCUUAAUCGUCAUUAGAAGUUAAUCUGUCAUACCAUCUUUGUCAAGAAUAAACAAUGAUAGUUUGUCAAAUCUUAUACUCAAAUUUUUCAUUGUUGGUGUAGAUUAUCUCUACAGCUUUUGCUUGUCUGGUUUUUCCUUGAAGAGAUUUAUUUUGCUCUGCUUUUGUCUAUCAACUCGUGUAAUAUUAUCGGCUACUCAAAAAUCAAAAUGACUUUCCCAUCUCUUAAUGAUUUUCUAGUUUCUAAUGA